UGAGAAGCCUAUUGCAUCGUGUCAUGCCUCAGUAACAUCCCAAAGGGACGAGGUCUUGGGGAGACGCUAUAAGAAUAUCACUGAAACAGUACAUAGAAAUUCUCAUUCCUGAGGAUUCUUAAUGUGCUUAGAAAUGUGCAUGGCUUCUCUUAACUUUCAGUGCUCUCGAAGCAAAGGAAAUAAAUGCUUUGAGCAAACUGCAUUCACUUUAGUCUGAACUCAGUAGUUUCGUCUGCUGAGUGAUAGAACAAAUCCUGUUUAUAUUCAUUCCCUGGUCAUAACUGGUGCCACAGAAAUGUUUUUUAAUAACCUCGAGCAGAUGCGCACAAGAGAGCAGAGAAGUUGUAGUUUCUUGUGGAUCCAGAUCGAUGAUACCCUGUGGUAGGACACAGGCUUGUUUAAAAGACUAGACAUGGAUGAACUGGGCUUACAGGCCACUUCCAAGAGGGUUUAAUGCAGUGCACGAGUUCAUACUGUCAACAGUUGCAUUUUGGGUAGUUCUGUGAUGUGAGAUUUUGUAACUGGAAAAAUGACUCUGAUGUUCAUUUGGGAAGGAGCAGCUUCUGGUAGUUUACAAUGCUUUUGUUUCAUGACCAGUUUUCUUCUUCUUUGUCUUUAUGAGGAAGAGAAAUAAAAAUCAGUAGCAGAGGAAUUCUACCCUGCACAGCAAGAAAAGGAGGCCAUCAGGUUUGAUACAGAACAUUCUGUGAAAGACACAUCAAAGGGAACAUUCAAACAGCCCGUGUUUAGUGAACAGUAAAAUAGGUAGAAAGGAUCAGACCAUGGUAUUGUAUCCUUGGUUUUUGAAUUGGAGGUACUCUACCAAUAUGCUCCAGCUGUAUAUAAUUCUCUAGGAUAAUUCUAGAGCCUCAGCCUGUGCCUGACCAUUCUUUUUUUCCUCACUCAGACAAGGAUCUGCAUCAAUAUAGUUGCUUCUGUUGCAGCAAGAUACUCCUCUCGAAUAUCCUCUUUCCAUGUCUUCCUGUAUGUUUCUAUGGCUUUAGAAAAUUUUCAGUGAACAGGUGUUGUGUACUGUGCAAGUGACUAGCUGAGGGCUUGUGUUGGAAGUCAGACCUACAUACUGAACGUUUGUCUGCAGGGAUUUAACAUGUAGUAAUGGCCCUGAUGAGGCCAUGCCAUACAUAUCUGCUCAUCUGUGGAAAGAAGCUGUGUCCCCCACUGCAAGGAAAGCAGGUAGGUUUGGUAUAAGAUAUUCAGAAAGCCUAGAUUCUAAACUGCUGAAAAUUUCUGUUGUUCUUUGGCAGACUGUGUGAUCAUAGAUUCAUAGAAUGGCUUGGGUUGGAAGACACGUUAAGAUCAUUGAGUUCCAAGUCUCUGCCACAGCAGAGGCACCUGUCACUAUAUACCAGGAUGACCACAGCCCCAUCCAACCUGAGCUUGGACACUUCCACGGAUGUCCACAACUUCUCUGGGCAACCUGUUCCAGUGCCUCAUCACUCUCACAGAAAUGAGUAUUUAACCCCAUAAUGAUAAUAGUGGUACACAAUGCCUGAUCAGGACAAAAAGUUGAAGAGCACAGAAAAAGCAGUAGAAAAAAAGCCUCCCGGGAUCUCUAUGAGGGAUUAUUCUGAUCUAAAAAGGCUUCAUCUCUUAAGUGUUCAGUCAAGGAACCAACAGGAGUUAGGCACUUUCUACCUGGUUAGAGGCCUGGAAUUUCUUCUGAGCAGAAAGCUGAAACAUGUGAGUUGUACAACCAAAAAAGAAUGUGGAAUUGGGACAAUUUUAAGUCCAAAGUUCAAGUCAGAACUUGAGACAAGGCACUUUUCCUUGAUAAAAUUCUCAGAAAACUUAAAAGGCAGUGUUGGCUUCAUGACUACUAUCCUUUCCCUCCUUAACUUCCAGCUAUAUAUAUUGAAAGUAGUCAAAACCAGUGCAACAAGAACUUGGCAAAAUGUCAACAGCAAUGAACGAAAGUCCAGUGGUCAAUGGCAAGAAUCAACAAAAACUAUUGAGCUUGAAAAAUGCAGCGUGACCUACAAGAAUGAGAGAAAUUUUAGCAAACAUCCCAAGCCUCAGCUGUUUCAAGAUAUCUUUACAACUUUCAUUAUGGACACACUUACCUGCAGGUCAGUGUAUGAAACACAUUCAGAAAUGCUCCACAGCCUGGGUGGAAUUGAAAGUCUAACUCAGUAUAUGGAAACAUUAGCAAAUCAUUUUCUUAAUUAGCAGCAUGAUGUAGACAAGUUGUUCAACAUGACAUACAUUUUCCAAAAACUUGCUGCUGUUAAAAAUCAAAGAGAAUAGGUUAUAGCAAGUAGAGCACAUAAAACCUUAGUAAAUUUGUCAUCUGAUGUGUUUUUUGGUGCCCUCUUUGCUCUGACUAGUUUAGCAGAAAGUCCAGAAUGUAGGGAGAAGAUAAGUGAGCUCACUUCUGUUGAGAACUUGCUGGUGAUAUUACAUGAAUAUGAUUUUCCCUCUAAAAGAUGAGAGAUCACAGCAGAGUUGCUGCAACUCCUUUGUGCAGAGUCAUGAGUCAAAGAUCAAAUAAAAAUGUAUGAAGGAGUUCCAGUUUUGCUCAGUUUACUCCAUUCUGAUCACAUCAAACUUCUAUGGAGUAUAAUUUGGAUUCUGGUACAGGUUUGUGAAGAUCCUGAGACUAGUGUGGAAAUUUGGAUCUGGGGUAGAAUCAAGCAGCUCCUUUGUAUGUUACAGGAGGGAAGAAGUCUUGUAUCUGACUGCUCUUCAGUUGGAGGUUUAUCUAGUGCAAAUGCAGCAGGGAGAAACCAGCAUCUUCUAAUAUUUUCUCACUUCAUGCAGGUAAAUGCAAUAUAUACAAUAGCAAAGCUAAUUUUACCAACCAAAGAAAGGAAUGCUGAACAAGCCAGUUUAUUAGAGUGUUAUGCUUUCAGAACUCUGAGAUUUCUCUUCAGUAUGGAAGGAAAUCAACAUAUUUUUUAAAGACCUUUCCCUACUGACUUGUUUGAAAUCUUCAUUGAUAUUGGACAUUAUGUGCGUGAUAUCAGAGUUUAUGAAGGGUAUCAAAGCUAAAUUCGGUAAAGAUAAGAGGAUGUAUUGAAGCAAAUUGCUGAAAAUAUUGGGAACAUGAAUCAGAAUAAGGCACCCACAAAACACGUAGAAAAUUAUACCAUUUUAGAGCACCUUGGCAGUGGAGCUUUUGGAGGUGUAUAUAAGCUAAACUUUUCUUUUGCUAUUAUUUUACAGAUUUAUGUGAAUCUCUUUGUCUUUUUUUUUUUAAUUAUUAUUGUAGCUGACUUUGGUCUUGCAAAGCAAAAGCAAGAAAACGGCAAACUUGCAUCAAUAGUGGGAACCAUCCUAUUCUCAUGUCCUGAAGUUGUGAAGGGUGACCUGGAUGGAGAGAAAGCUGAUGUCUGGGCUGCAGGAUGCAUCUUUUAUCAGAUGGCCACUCUGAAACCAGCAUUUUACAGCACCAAUAUGCUCUCCUUGGCAACUAAGGUAUUCACAUUUAUUUCUUGGGCUGUGUAUGAACCUGUGCCAGGAGGACUGUACUCUGAAAAAGUCUCGUUUACCAUUAGGGGCUGCUUGACUCCUGUUGCAGAGGCACAUCCAGACAUAGUGGAGGUCAGCUCACUGCUGUCUGAUGUGAUAAUGAAAUACAUGGAUGUUGUAUCUACCUCUCAUCUCAUGUUGGAGAAGAAACUGGAUGGGGAGAGACGACAAACCCAGCGGUGCUUCAUGGAGGAUGAUCGAAAUGCAAUAACCUAUCCCCGUCAGCUUUCCAUUUUAUCACAAUUCUUCUUGCAGGCUGCUUGGCUAAAACCUUAUGCUAGGAAGUCUGCCUAUCUCUCCUGCAGAGGCUAUUCAACUGUUUGUUGGCUGAAAAGAAAAAAUGAUGACAGUCUGCAUAUUAGCAGCAGUCGAGCAGCCAGUUGCAAAGGUGAAUUUUCAGAAAAUACUGACCUUCCAGGACAGUCUGCCCAUGGAAAAGAUGAGGAAAGAACAUAUGAAGCAAUCCUGGUAGAGGAUGACAGGACUAUGGAGAAAGGAAUCUGCAUACAUCUAUUCAGAACAGGGGGGCUGAUGAGGAUUAAAAGCUUUGCCUUUUGUGUGUCUUUCACCUUCCUUUCUCCAGCUUUGCGACGCAAUUUGAAAAAGAGAAUUGUUGACAGAUUCAAGAUGUCCCUCUUCAGUCAGCAGAGCAAUCCUUAGAAACUGAAAUAAGAAAUCAAAAAGCUGCUGCCAGGUUCUCUUGGAUUGAUUGAACCCAGUAUCUUCACAGCAGAUUGGCAUCGGGUACAUCUUAUUUCAGGUGGAAAUAUGUUGCUUCUAGAUGACAGAAAAGGUAUCUCUACUCUCCAAGGAAACAAAGAAUUAUCCAGCAAAAGAAGAGAAUGUGUGCUUCUAAACAAUGGGUUUGGAAUUGUUCCUGAUGAAGUCAACCUGCCUGUACUUCAGCAGAGGCUGAUUGCCAAAGGGUCAAGCAUUGCUCAUUGAAUAGCCUACCAACAUGGAACAGCUUCAAGUAUCAUUUCUGGAUGAUACUCUUUAGCUUUGUUUACAGCAUAAUCACUUUACAAGAAGCAUUGUGAAAAAUGCUUCUAGGUUUAUACAUUAGGAGAAAAGCACAAUUCUCAACAGUACAUAUUCUCUAUAUUUAGAAUUUUUUAAAGCUGUUGCAUAGUCAGGUUUUCUGGAAUAAUGGUUUGGUAGCCUUAUUUAUAUUAAUGUAUGCCUUCAGUGUAAAGAAAAAGAGCUUUGUAAUAUGACCAGACAGAAAAUAUAUGUAGAUUCACUGUACCAGAAUUAGAAACAGAUUAAAUACCAUCAGUAUAAUUUUAAUAUUUAGAAGGAACUUCACUUCUUAGAUUUGGAUAGUAGCAAAUUCUAAUGCUGAUAUGACAUGUUAAUAGUCACUACUUGCAACUAGCAUAGCUUCUGAAAUCAUUGUUAUUUUAAAACCAGCUGGUUUUACUGCUAUUUCUGUCUUCAUAUUAUAUGUCUGUAGCUGCACACUGUCUAGAUCUGUGUAUAUAAUAUGUAUAAUGUACAUUUAUAUACAUUUUAUAUACACAUUCAUUUUACUCUUUAACAGACUUAAGUAAAUUAAAUGCAUU